GAAUAUUUAAAAUCGCAUUCAUAUUCAAAUAUAUAAGUUUAUUGAAAAAUUAAUAAAAACCCAAAAAUGAUAUCAAAAUUUAUAUAGAUUUUAUAAAAAAAUCGUCAGCUGCAGGAUUCGAACCUACACGGGUAAACCCAAUGGAUUUCUAGUCCAUCACCUUAACCAUUCGGCCAAGCUGACUUCUAUGCUGUAUAUAUGUUAACAAAAUACAAGUCAUUCAAAUUUAGAAUAAAAUAGUUUUAACAUUAGUAUCUUUUUUAUAGUAAAAUAUAUAUUAAUAAUUUAGAGUAUAACAUAACUAAUUAUACCUCAAAUAUUUUUAAUUUUGAAGAUGAUUUUAAAUCAAAAGAAUAGGGUGAAUUAAUAUAUUAAAUAAAUAUGAUUUUAUAUAAAUAGAUAAGCAUUUAAAUAAUAUAAAUUUAAUAUUAUUAGAACUAAGUGAUAUAAACAAUGAAAUGUCGAGUUUUCUUUGUGAAUUUUACUAUUCUAUUAAUAACAAUUUGUAGGUCUCAACUAAUUUAUAGUAAUUUUUAUGGAACGUUUACAUCUGCAAAUUUUGGUAUGUUAUUGUUAUAUUUAGAUUGGAAUAUUUACUAAAGGGAUACUCAUGGUUAUACUGUGAUAAAUUGUGGAUUAAAAAACGUAUUAAUUAUGUCUGAGUGCACAAACUACGAGUUUAAUAGCUUAACAUCAAAAACUUUUGAGCUUCCAUCACAUGAUUUAAUCAACCUGUCAUUUAGACUUUGGAUGUAAUUAUAAAAUUAUUUAAAUAGGGUAUACUCUGUUAACUAUUCGUUCUAUUUGUAUGUUGACAACGAACUUUAUCUUUUAAUCUAAACUUCACUACACAGUUUUACAAACGAUUGUUCAUCAUAUGGAUCAUAUGAAAUAUCUGAAAAUAUAGUUCACUCAAGUUCUUCAGUUUAAAUUACAAUGGUCUCUGAUUGGUAAUCAUGGGGAUUUUCUGAAUUUAAUUUAAAUGCCAUAAAUAUUACUCAAAAGAUUUGGGAAUUAGCUUAUUAAUCGCUUAAUCAAAUAUUUUUCUCCUCCAUAUCUUUUGAAGAUGGAUGGAUGACUAAUGGCAUAGCUUCCUAAUAGAGAGAACAAUGUACAGGUAUUAAUAAUAAAUAUAUAUAGAUUUCAAUUAUUUAAGAUCAACAGGGAAUUAUUUUAUUAAAGAUUUCCUUUUGUAGGUUCAUAAUAAGAUUAGUUUGAAUUUCAAAGUCUUAAUAUUCAAUAAAGCUACACCAACAAUAGAUUUCAAAAUUGAUAACUAAUUGUUAAUAACUCAAAUUUCAAAUUCUUAUGUAGAUUCUUCAGUUAUAAUAUGCAGCAAGUUCAUUGUUAUAUAACUAUAAAUAUCAGACUUUGUGCAUAAUAAUCAAAAUCUGAGAAUAGAGAUUACAACUUCAGCAGAUGGCACUACUUCUUGGUUUGGAAUAAGAGAUUUUUCAUUAUUUACUGAUAUAAUUGAAGAUUAUUAAUGCAAAGACCUUAAUAUUUUGCCAUUUGAUGGAUGCUUUUCUAAUCAAUACGAUUGUAAUUAGGGUUGUAGUAAUUGUGUAAAAGGAAUCUGCAUCAAUUGUUUAGAUGGAUGGUAUUUACACACAAAAAAUACUUGUAUUCCCAUCUGUGGUGAUAAUAUGUUAAUGUUAAAUGAAGUUUGUGAUGAUGGUAAUUCUAUCCCAUAUGAUGGUUGCCAUAAUUGUUAAUUUUCUUGCCCAUUAAAUUGCAUCCUUUGUGUUUUUGGAAUAUGUUAAGAAUGCGAAUAAUCCUAUUUUUAUAUAGAAAAUAGGUGUGUAUCUAACAUUAAUUAUUUUGAAAAUACUGGUUAUUAAUACUAACCUACCUCUCAAUAACAAUCAAUUCUGCAAUAAUCUUCAUAAUUAUAUUAGAUACUAAAAAAUAAUUAUUAUGGAUUAAACAUAGUUUCAAGUUUUUUGAAUUCUUACUUUUCUGAUUAUUAAUUUAAUCGAGGUUAUUACUAAGAUAGUUUAACUGAAUGUAAUAAAGGUUAUAAAUUAUCACCCAGCAAAAGACAAUGUGUUGAAAUUUGUAAUUGUUAAGAUUUAGUUAGCUUAUAAAAUAAUAAUUGUUAUAAUUGUGUAUAAAACUGCUAAUUAGAAUGUUUAAUAUGUCUUUAAGAUAAAUGCUAUGCUUGUUUUGACGGAUGGUAGUUGGUUGAUCAUAAAUGUUAGCAAAUUUGUGGAGAUAAAUAAGUGGCAUUAUAUUCUUAUGAAUAGUGUGAUGAUGGAAAUCAAUCUAUUGAUGAUGGAUGCCAUGAAUGUUAAUUUUAAUGCGGAUUAUUUUGUUAAUUUUGUGAUAAGGAAUUAAAUUGUAUCAUAUGUGAACCAAAUUUCAAACUGGUACAUCAUGCAUGUGAACCAAUAUGCGGUGAUAAAAUAGUCAUAAAUGGAUUAGAGGAAUGUGAUGAUGGAAAUGAUAUUAAAUAUGAUGGUUGUUAUGAAUGUUAAUUUUAAUGUAGAUUUGGCUGUAAAGUUUGUGAAUCUGGCAACUGUUAAGAUAAAUGCAAAGCUGAAGAAGAAUUUAUAAAUGGUCAAUGUAUUCAAAAGGUUGCAAUCAUUAAUUAAAGUGAAGAGAUUUAAUCACAACAAUUUGAAUAAAAGAUUGAAUGUAAGAAUAAUUGCUUAGUUUGUGAUGGGAAUCUUUGUCUAGAAUGUCAACCAGAUUAUCUUUUGGAAAAUAAUAAGUGUUUAUCUUGUGGAAAUGGAAUUAAAAACAACGAUGAAGAAUGUGAUGAUGGAAAUAGGAUCAUUUCUGAUGGAUGUUCAAAUUAAUGCAAUAUUGAACAGAAUUGGAAUUGUAUAGAAUCCAUUUCAUAAUUAAGUUUAUGUUUCCCAACUACUAAAAUUUAAAUUGAAUUCUUAAAUUCAACUCUUAACAAACAAUAUGUUAAACUAUCAUAUACUAAAAAAGUUAAACUAGAUUAAUAAGAUGUAAACUUUUUAGAUUUUAAUUUUAAUUCAAUUAACAUUGAUCCUACUUAUUAUAACAUAAGUAUUUUUCCUGUAAUAGAAAUAGUCUCAAAUGAGACUAGAAAUAUAAAUUAUGAAUUAAAAAUUGAAAUUAAUAAGCAACUCUCACAAAACCCAAUUUUGGAUGUUAAGGUCGAUCUUAUUUUAUUGGAUGAAAACGAUUUACCAGUACCACCAUCAUCAGCAUAAAUUGUAUUAACCGCCCCUUUAGUUUUAAAUCAAGCAUAAGUAGAAGUUUCUCAGAAUUUCUAAAAAUUUGGUUAUAAUCUUAUGCUUGCAUUAGGAGGUUUCGCUAUUUUUGCAUUUCUUCUUGGGUCUCCCUAAUAAUUUUUAGAAAUCUUAGAUACAUUAUAAUUUUACUCAUAUUUGAAGUUUAUAAAUGUAGAAUAUCCAGAAAAUCUUAAUAUUUAUUUUAAAUCUUCUGAAUUGAUAUCUGUGGAUCCAAUUUUAUAAUUUCUGGGAAUUAAAGAUAAUUUUGAAGAUUAGUUAGGGGGUAAUGUAAUUUAGUGUUUUGGCAAGUUUUAUCAGUACUAAAUUAAUGCUGAUUUAAUAACUAAUAUUUAGAGUUAAUUUAUGUAGGUCAUUGUAUUCUUUUCACUAUUGAUUACUUUUAAAAUUUAUCUCAAGUUUUGUUUAAAAUCAUGUUUUACUUCAAAUUUCAUUUAUUUUGUCAGAAAGCUAAAAUCAAAAGCAGUUGAGUGGAUUGCAAUUAAACUAUAUUAAAUUAAUCAAUAUAUAAAGAACUAUUAACAUUUUGAUAUCAUCAAUUUGAUAAUAAAUUGUUAUUAUGCUAAUGCUUGGGAUCUAAGUUUCAAGGUUCUAUUGUAUCUGACCUUUAACAAAUAAUCAGGAAUUAGACCUUUGGUCUCAUAUGUAGUUUGUUUGAUAUAUCUUGUAAUAGGAAUAAGUAUUGUAGUGAAAAAUUUAAGGACACACAAUAAUAUCAUAGAUUUCAAAAAAUUAAGAAAUUAACAGCAUUAGUCAAUUAUUUUGUUAAAAAAGUGUAUCUUUGUGUUAAUUUUAAUUAGAAUGCAAGAUUGCUCUAUAACAUAAUGCAUAAUGCUCUCUUUUUCCACUUGUAUGUAUAUAGGGUUUAUAUCGAUUCUCAAGAUUACAACUACUAACUUAGAAAUGA